UGACUUUGCGCGACAGCAAAAAGGCUUCUAAAAUAGCAUGUCAAAAUAGAGAUUAAAACAUUUUAGAAAGAUGUCAAACUACUUUAUAAAAAGGUGUGGUACGAAGAGUUCAACCAAACUGAUACAAGGGUCUCAAGAUUAUCAGGUUCUGAUAUAUCAAGAAGGUAAACCUGUUUUUAAGGUAGAAAGAGGAACGCCACUUACUGUUAUAAAGAUGCUAUAUAAUGCCGACCCUAAAAACAAAGGAACCGUCAUAGCAGCCCUAAGACCCCGAACCGAUGAAUCUCUACCGUGUCUAGUAACUUUGGAGAAGUCUACAUUAACACAAGACAAAUAUGAUAUUAUUGCAUUUGAGCAACCCAAACCAACACAAAGAAUACCAGACUAUCAAGUAGGCCAGCCGAUUAUAACAAUGGGACCUAAUGGUCAGGUACAUGGUGCAACAGUAUUACCCGCAGGCUGGCCGGUAAAUACAACUGGUCUAACCUACGCUCCCGUCAAUCAACUAUUACACAAUCACACUUCUGGUCAUAUGCCUAUUACGUCAGUUAACUCGGCAAAGACUACGCUUAUGCACGCGACUACUCCGAUGUCGUAUGUUUCGCCUGUAAUUAGUAAUGUUAUGUCAAGUGCAAAUUUAGGAGCUAUUGGUGGUCAAGGGUCCUUUUCAAAUAUAAUCCCCAGAAAAAGUCCCUUGAGCCUUAAACCCGUUAAUACGCCUUCAAGGCGAAAACGAUCCAGCCAUAAGACUGCAUAUCCCAGAAAGAUUACUUUAGUUGUGCCAGACAAUGUGACCGAAUCACCUGGAAUUAAUGUUAAGAAAUUUCUAUAUCCAAAGCCGAUUAAUAGAACGGGUAGAACCAAUUCAGAGGACGCGCCACAAUUAGGCACAGACGAAUCGAGCUCAGUAGUUGUUUGUGAUAGUACGGCUGGUAAUGGACACGAAAAUGGACGGCUUUCUUCCGAAGGAACUCCGUCUCCACCCAAGGAGGAGCGUGAUCGAUUACUUCACCCUUCAAACUGUCAACAAAUUCACGAGUCGAGUUCUCCGUCGUGGGAGCAAAGUGGCGAUGAUGGACACCCUAUUUAUCACAACCAACGAUCUGAUGGUAGUUCUCCCGAACACGACUCGAGUCUCGAGGAGGGCGAUGGUCACGCAGUGAUGAUCGACAGCGAUGAAAAAGAAAGUUUUUCCGCAGGCAAUGACUCUGACACUGGUAUCAUAGCAACGCAGAGUGGAAUCUCAAGCUUACCCGAGAAUAGGCAACUAUUCCGUAAUAGUAAUACUAGGAUACAACAUGUAGAAGGGUUGGAUAGUAAUGGUUCGCAUUACACUAGUCGAGCUCUCGACGAAGCUGCUCCGUUUCCACGCGACAACUAUCGAUCCGACGACGAUAACGAAGAAAGUGACGCGUCUUUACAGUUUACCACGGCAAUUGUGAGGCUUGAAAAUACUGUACGAGUCAAGGCUGAACCGCUAGAACGAAACAGUAGUCCGUGCAGUGGCGCUUUUAAUAACCUGGAAUCAAAUGGGGACGCUACUAUGACAAAACAAAGAGCCACCGGUCACUCUUCUAAUUCUGUAGAAAACGAAUCUUCUAAUUUCCUUCCAACUAGUUCUGUGCGAGGAAUUGAAAACGAUGGGGUGUCUGGGAUGCCCCCUAUGCACCCUGGUACCCCGAGUAUAUCUACGGGAAUGCCUAGUAGUUUAACGCCGUAUCCACCCAAUUACCCUCGAACAGGUGAUGGUGUUGCAUUUCGAUGCGAACAAUGUCAAAAAGAAUUUGAUACUUCGGCUGCUUUAGAACGUCAUAGACGAUCACAUAGCGGAGAAAGACCUUAUAAGUGUAAGAUAUGCGGUUGGGGAUUUAAUUUAAGUGGCAACCUAAACCAACACAUGGCCAUACAUCAAAAGGUGAAGCCAUUUAAGUGCGUCUAUUGUGGUAAAACGUUUGCGCGAUCGAAUGUUCUCAAAGCGCACGUGCGCUGCCACACGGGAGAACGUCCUUAUCAAUGUGAGCUUUGUGGUGCUAAGUUUAUUAUUCCACAUAAUUUGAAAAAGCAUCUCCUGAAUCGUCAUCAAGUUGUCUGGGAAGAGAGGAGAUGGUCAUCUGGUAAAGCUGAGAGCUGAAUUACCAACAGAACGGAAAUAAAACCUAUUUUUCUCGAUAUCAAGUGGUUCCAAUAAGGGGAGAUUCAUUCUAGUGGCCAGAUCCCGAUUUUAGAUGAGAUGUUUGAAUUAACUUAAGUGAAUUCCUGUACUUGGAGUACUAUUUAAUAGUAUCAUGUUAUGAGGGUUAAAUGUUAAGGCUUCGAAAGAGAUAACUGCAAGGGGGUGCUUGUAACUUACGAUGAAUGUUGCUAAGUCUAUUGUUGAUAGCACUUAAUGUAUUAUGGGUAUUAAUCCUACUCUCAAGACCAAAACUACAUAUAUUAUAUAUAUAUAUAUAUAUAUAUAUAUAUAUAUUGCAAUAUGCAUAAACUUUGACCCUCCCUGAUGGACAACUCGAAAAAAAUAUCAGGGAUCAUAUCCCAUAAUUUUUGAUAUACUUCUAAUAUACUUGUAUAUUUGCACAAAUGGUCAAAGUUUAUGCGAACCGCAGUAUAUAUAAAUGAAUAAAUAUAUAUACAUUAGCCAACUUGGUAACAACGUCUAGUGUGGUUUCCCAUAAUGCAUUUUGAGCCCUGUCAACAAUAGAUGCACAGACCCGUUCACAAGUGAGUAUCUUGUCUUAAAAACAAUCAAAAACAGCAAAAUUAUUUUCAAAGAAUACAAAUAAGUUGUCAAGACAAAAAUAACCGCUUCGCUGAGAGUCUGUAUAUGUAAAAAAAUGCGUUCUAGUUUGCUUGGUUUGGAUGGCAAAUAGGAUGUGUGUAAAUAGAUGUACGCUGUGCGUACGGGUGAAUUGUUUGAUCAACUUUUUCGUUAUCAGAUUGACAUCGUCCAAAAUAGUAUAUAAGAAUCCUGCAAGACGGUCUUUGUAGAAAUUAGAAAAUACUUCGGUGUUGGGAUUAUGAGUAUUAGGGUUUAACAUGCCGCUUACGACAGCAGUCGUCGCAUCGUAAAAUAAAUUACCCUAAAAUUGGCGAUGCUCGAUAUAUUUUUGUGCUUUGUAACACUUGAAAAACACGUGGCCUGUGCGAGACAGCGCAUGCGACGUGUUGACUUAACCAAUCUAUGUCAAAUCUUUGUUUAUUCUAAUUUGUUUAUUCUUGUCGGGAGAGAUCAGUGUUCCCCUGCUAUGUCUCUGAUCGAAGGAAGAGGACGAAUGUGUUACAAUAUGACAUCGUAAAAGUUGAUCUCAAAGGUAGAGUUAUUCGAUAUUUCUAUUCAUGUAAAGUCAGAAGUUCUAUUUCGUUCAUCAAAGUCGACUGAAAAAAGAAACUAUGAUAUGGUUUGUAGAGCAGCUUGCGCAAGAAUGGAAAAUAUGGAAUGUUACUCGCAAAUGGCUUUCCUUUGAAAUGACGCACUAGAAAGAAUUCAAUCACUACGCAGAAUGAUUGAACAUAACUGGGAAGCCAUUCGAGAGACAGAAAUGUUUCCCACUCGAACCAUGAAAAUCUGCUCUAUUUGUUUAGUAAAGUAAACAAAGUUCUAAAAGCUCAAA